CGUUUUUAAUUACCAUCACACACACACCCCUUGUGCUCCUUCCCCCAGUCAUUCUCUCUCUAUCUUGUUAUGAGUCAGUCGAGAAUGGCGGAAACGUAAGGACAGAUUAUCGGAAUGGAUGAAGCAAAGUGGGCGAAACAUUACUGUUCGGAUCAUGAAAUACUACUGGUAGGAGAAGGAGAUUUCUCGUUUUCUCUUAGUCUGGCUAGGGUUUUUGGCUCUGCUUCUAACAUCGUAGCCACAUCGCUCGAUUCUUAUGAACUUGUGAUCAAGAAAUACGCGAGAGCAAGAACAAACCUGGACAUGUUGCAUAAAGCUGGAGCUCAGUUGUUAUUUGGAGUGGAUGCAAUGACAAUGAAGCUUCAUCCUGAUCUUCAUUGGCGGAAGUUCCACCGGAUUAUCUACAAUUUUCCGCACGCUGGUUUUUUUGGAAAGGAAGAUGAUCAACUAGUCAUCGACAAGCACAGGUAUCUGGUUCUCGGUUUCUUUGAAAAUGCAAGUCGUAUGCUGAGGCCGGGAGGUGAAGUUCAUGUAUCCCACAAAACUACUCCCCCGUUCGAAAGUUGGAACAUCAAAGAACUCGCUUCUAGAAGCUUCUUAUCGCUGCUUGAAUGUGUCGACUUCAAGAUUGAAGACUACCCGGGUUACCACAAUAAAAGAGGAGACGGGUGUAGAUCCGACGACCCGUUUCCUUUAGGAAAGUGCAGUACUUUCAAAUUCGUUGCAUCUUCAACAUCCAACAUAUCAGACAUCCCACGUCAUACUCGUCCUCCCUGUAUGAACAACAAAGAAUGCCAUUGGAUUUUCAAGGAGUAUCUUGAUCAAGCACUUUUGACUUUUGGGAAACAUGAUGACUAUCUUUGCCAUUCUGUUCGGGAUACACUGGAAAUCGGGUUCGAAAGAUGCAAGAUGGUGAAUCCUGCAAAUCCCUUGAAUGAGUACAUCAACCACGUGAAAGAGCUUCACGAAAAGAGUAAAGAAAGGAUAGCGUAUUUGCAAAAACUUUUGCUGGAAGUUGAUCGCCGUAAUGGGUUAUAGACACCACCACAGUUUUAUGGGCUAGAAAGAAAAGAGCAUGCAUAAAUGUGGCUGACUCUUGGCUUUUGUAAUCUCUAACUAUAGGUAUGAAAAGAGAUUGUUACUUUCAAAGAUCUGCAUUGCUUAUAACCAACCACCUAUGAAGUGUAUGCUAAAACUUUCUAACCAAGAUUGCUUGUAACUUUCAUGUUUUACCCGCGAUCAGGUCUACAAAAUCUAUCCUUCUGAUC